AAGAGCAACUUGUUUCACUCACGAGAGAAACACAAGUUUCGUCCACCCGUCUUCGAAGUACAUCAAAUUUGUCACUGAGGCGUCACUACUUUGUACACACAACAGAAUCUGAUGAUCUUCCACGUAAACAAAUUAAUGACGUCAUUAACACGUUGAUUGCUGCCACUGUGGAGAUGAACACUUGCGUAUACAAGUGGGUGGAGAAAGGUGAGAAUCAAAGGAUGCAAAUUAUAAGGAACGUCGAUGCAUUUUCGGUACGUGCUGCUCAGUCAGUUCGACCCUUCUAUAUUUUCACCUUUCUCGCUAUUACUAAAGAAGAAUUUACGAGCGUCCGUGUGCCGGUGAUUGAGAUGGGCGUAUCUAAUGGCGUGGCUGUCUGUGCUGAGGAUCUAUACCGCUCGCUCCUCCGUCCCUGCUUGCCUCUUUUUGUGAAUAUCUCGUCGUUUAGAACGGCGAAGAAAAAAGAGAAAACAGCGGUGUGAUUUAGCGCGGUUUAUUCACUGAGCUGAAGAAAGUCGUUACCUACGAAAGCAGCUGUCUUGUAUUGUUUUGGUGGUUUAACAAUUGACGAGUAAUGAUGGUUAUUUCAACAUCAGGACGAAACAUAGGGAUCGUAACAUCCAUCAUUAUUCAUCAUUUCGAAGUUCAAAGGUUUCCGCGUCAACGUGCGCGCGCAAGUGAUGGGGGCUACAGGCCUAUGCGCACGGGACCUUCCCCCUCCAUCGUCAGUCUCCUCGUGACCGCUGAAGUGGAAAGGUGGGAGAGUGCAGCAGGUGAGACCCACGACGAGGGCCAGCUACCCCGAAAUUCAAGAAAGGAUCCUCCGUCUGCAACAAACGUGCUCAGAUUAAUGGUAGGACCUUCUCUCCUACGUCGCCAGUUUUCUAGGUGCGGUAUGCAGUAUGUCGAUAUCAUGCAGCAGUGCCGAAAAUAUGCGGCGAAUAUGUGUAUAUGCUUGCACGUAGAUACGUACCACAUAGACAGGCACAAUAAGCGAGAGUAUGCGAUCUGCCAGUUUGCACCGUACUUUGGCAUCUGUCUAUCCGUCUCUUUGGUGAUUGGAAGCUGAAUACAGAGAAUAACAUCACUUUUCAGGGUACAUGAAAAAGUGGUUGACAAGUCAAAUUUAUUCAACAUUCUUGUUAGUUAUAAAGGAAUCUGGACACCUCUAUCACUGGUCCACAUCUCCUAUAUAUAAAGGGGAGGAUCUAUAAAGGGAGCAUCAGGAGUCUCUUGAGGUGAGGGUACUAUGUAACACCUUGAAAACCUUGCGAUCCAGACGUCCACGUUUCAGUGAACCUGGCCCUUCAGCCACAACACAUUCAAGGAAUUCCAUGUCCACGGAAUUCCAUGAAGAGACUCGCUCUAUAUGUGUACAAAGGGCACAUACACUCUGCCUCCAUCCCACAGGAAAGGUGGAGCACGUGGCUGGUGGUAAAUUGACACCUUCCUGGACUAAACCCCAUAGACUUAGAAACAGUAGUGUUCAAGGUUACUGAAAUUGGUAAGGUUUAUCCUGUUUCAUAAUUACUAAAGAUUCUGAUAUGUCUGCCCAUAUGGUCAAGUAACAUACAUUGUAGUCAGUAUCAUUUAUGUGCAAUCUCCUUCUAUCAUGAAAUUUUUCUAUCGUUUCUAUAGUGUAAUUUUCAUCUUUUUUUCUAUCGUUUAUUCUUCUUUCCCAUUCUUUCGCGAUACCACGCCGUUCUUGUCUCCUUUUGUAUUCAUCCCUUUUGGUUACCUACCAUUACUACGUAGUAGGUACCUACCAUCUCAGCUGUCCCGUGAACGCACUGUUUGCUUCUCGUUACUGGGAUAUUUGUUUAUGAUUUGAUACCGUGUUCCUGGGUCAUAGCAAAUAAUAUAGGUGGCUCGUUUCACAGGGGGCAGUGGUGCUUGAUAUUUCAGACCGUGAUCGAGAAAAUAUAUCAUCCACCAUCGAUUAGAUAAUUCCCUGAAUAAUCUUCCAUUUGAAUUUAAGUUAGAAUUUGAAGCAGCUUGAAUUAUGAAUGAGAUCACAAAAUCAUUGAUUUCUUUGAAAAAUAUAAAUUUUAACUUUAGGAAUCGAUCCAUUCAGAAGUUAUAGUUGGCAUACUUUUGAGAUUAUUUUUCUAUCUAUCAAAUUGAGAGGCUAUAUUACCAUCCUCGUUCUAACGUAAGCAGAGAAGGGAUAUAUAAAUUUCCGACAGAAUUUCGAUAGGUACUUCAGUAUUUUGAAAUGGAUGCAAAUAUCGAGUAGCAGGGUUGUCACGGCUGGAAUUGGUGGGGGAGCACGUUCUCUAUUUUGCUGGGAAAUCACUCCGAUCGUAGCCUGAACUGGGCUAGGAAGCAAUCUCGCGAGACGACAGGAUCGCACGAGUCGUUAACGAAAUUCGUUAACGACAUUCGUGCGUUCGAGCGAAAUGAGGUUGGGUAGUUUAAUCGAACGAUCUCUCGAACGUUUUCCUUUUCUAUUCCCUUUUACCUUCGCCAAGAUGAAAAUCGAAUGAAUCAAACAAUGGUUCCCUCGUUCAUUCGUUUCGACGAUUGCUCUUCAGGUUUUCAUUAUUUCAUGUAUCAACGUUUCUCAAUGUAAACGAUUUCAAAGCUAAACAAGGGAGUGGAUCUCUUCGAUGUCAUCAUUAACAGCCUUCAUUCAUCAUUUAAAUUAUAAAAUCCUACACCCAGUGCCGAAUUAGGGAGAAUCUGAAGAAGGCUAUAUCUAUGGGCACCCUUCAAAGUCUUCCAUUUAUUAUAUCAAAUAAUUUUAUAAUUAUGAAAAAUUGUUGAUUCCAUUGCUAUUUUAUGGCCUCAGGAUUAUUAAUCCUCUUCUGACUACAACUAUGUAAACGUAUUAGUUAUGGAGAAUAGGACACUCAACAGUAAGCUUAUGCAUCAAAGAAGAAUGUCGUAGAAGAAAACUUAAGCUCAAGGGGAUUUCUAAGCUCUGUUCUUUACCCUUCGCGGCAUGACCGGUUUGUUUGACCCCUUGGAUCUAAGCCAAAUAGGAAUUGGCUAUUGACCAAACCAAUGGUACCUAAAUUACUGGUGCACCACGCGACCGUUGUACACGGAGGUAGGUACUUGGCCCUUGUUAGGUGUCGUGUAUUUGAUUGUCUACGUUAUGGUUUAUUACAGACUAAUAUCGCGACAGCCGCGUAUCUCCUAUUAUCACUGCGAUAAGCAUCGUUAUUCUACGUUGUACCGUUUCGUCGCGAACACGGGGAAUCUAAUAAAUCCUGCUUUGUUAUACUGUCGCUUAAUCUGUUGCAAUUAUUCAAUAUACGAUGCAAUGAACAACACCUCCAAAAAUCAAUAUCUAAGAAAUAACAUUGCAUUUUUGAGGUAAACUCAAGACAGGAUUGAAAUUUCUCCUCUUAGAAAAUAUAAUAACAAAUUUUAAAUAAAAUAAAAGUUGUUUAAUUGGUAAUUUAAUCACCUUAUAUCAUAAUAAAUUUAUAUAAUUUUCAAUACUGUUAAAACACCUCGCUAAAGAAUAAUGUAAUUUCUCGCAAUUAAAGUUUCAUUGGAAAGAAUUGCUGCUUUGAUUGUAAUGUAAGACAGUGAAAAGUUAAUUUGCGGCCAGUCGGAAUUAGUAAUUUAAAUCGGUGUUAAAAUUCGAAGGCAGACUUUAAUCGAUCGGUGGACUGGUAAAAUUGCAGACUACGGGAAAUCUGAAAAUAAAGGAGGAGAAAAGGUAGCGGCGAACGAGGGAGGGAAAACGUCCUCCUUAAGAAAAAUAGAACUGAUGUAGAAUGGCGACGACGUCGACGAAAUUCCCUUGAGUUAGAGGAACAACGGCAGUUCACCUUCUACGCUGCAUCUCCUUUGUAUAUUCGAAGGAUUUCCACUAAUGAAAUAAUUAAAAUUACAAAGCUCUGUGUAACGACGACGAGCACCGGAAAAGGGACGGUACAAAAGAUUGCAGCUUGGAAUCUCUCCGGUGCUUUCCGCACCCCAUUGCACGUUCGUCACCUCGAUUCUAUCAGAUUUACCAUCUUUCUUUAUCUACCGUCAGCUCGCGGACAAAUCGAUGAAAGCCAAUGCGAAUUUACGCCUUCAAGAGUACAUUACUCGAUUUGCAACAUUGUGAAUUGCAACUCUUCUCUCACUAUUUGCUUUAUAUCAACAUUCGUGUGCAAAAAUAUUAGACCGUGGCCUUUUUAUGGUGGUACGUUUGAAUUAUAAUUAAGUAGAACAUUUUUUAAUGCAUUAUUGUCUAAGUAUCAAAUGAAAAAUGUUUUGAAAAAUAAUUAAUAUUAAAAGUUUGAUUAUAAGAAUCUUCAGUAGAUUAUUGAAUUUCUAUAAAAAUUAAUCGCAUUAAAUUAAUUAGAAUAAUUGAAAUAAAGACCAAUAAGCUGACAUUCGAUAUCAGCAGAAUUUGCAGUUUUUAAAUGAAUACUAUACGACGUAGAGAAACUGAAUCAAAUGCAAAAAGGUUAUAUCGUUGUGCGAUAAAUACUCAGAGCAAUAUGUGAGAUGCAAUCUACCAACUGCAACCGUAUAUAUGCGCUGGCAAACUAAACAAAUACGAGCACAGCUUCUAACUUUGAUUACCUGUUUCACGAGAGUCCUACUAUGUAGGCUUCCAAAACGUUGCGAUUGUUUCACGAAAGCCUCUACAACUAGCCAUCUGGUACUCUCGUUUAUUGCACUUCCGGUCACAUUAUAUGUAUAUCACGAAUGCAGACCGUUUUGAAAUCUUUUAGCUAGUCAAUUUCAAUUGAAUGAUUAAAAAUUGAAAACUAGCAUGUACCACAAAUAAUGCUGAGUCAGACAAUAAUUCAUUGAAAAUAAACAAUUCUAUUGUGA